UAGCCAAAAAUAGAAUCUAGACAAUUUUUCUUUUCAAGUGGUUCAAAUGAGGUUGAGUGAUUACAAAAAUUGUCUUGCGUGAACAUCCAUGAUUGUAGUUCACGAUAAAUCGUUUAAAGUUCAUGGAGCACAUUUUCUUGUUGAAAAUGAAGGCUCAUAAAAGCGUUGUCCUGGUGUUGAGACAAUGCAAAUAAAAACGUUCUUGAAGAUUGCUUGUGUUAACAAAGAUUUAACCGAGGCUAAAAAUAUCAGAAUUCUUAACACGCCGAAUCGAAUUCAAAUACCAUGGAAUCCUCGGAUCUCAUGAAACACAUCGGAGGAUGUCAUUGUGGACAAAUCGAAUUUGAAGUUCAAGCUCCCGUUGAAGUUAACGCCAUCUCAUGCAAUUGCUCGGUUUGCCACAUGAAGCAAAACAUCCACUUUAUCGUACCUAACCACCAUUUUAAGCUAACCAAGGGAAAUGACAAGCUGACAACGUACACGUUCAACACCCAUCAAGCCAAGCAUACAUUUUGCUCGAUCUGUGGUGUCCAAAGCUUUUACACGCCCAGAUCCAAUCCAGAUGGAAAAGGAAUCAUGCCACACUGCAUCAAGUACAACACCAUAAAAAAGAUACACAUAACAGACUUCAAUGGAGAUCAAUGGGAACAGGAAAUCGAAAAGAGUGGCAUAAGGCUGAGAUCUUCAUGAAGAAACCAGGAAGACUUUAUUCGUUGCGGCAAUAAAUCAUCUUAACAUAUGUUUUCA